GUGUCAUUGCUUUGUUCUGUUUUGUCAUCUGACACUAGCUAUUACCUGCAAAAUGGAUAACGAUGAUAAAGGGUCGGUGCCAGCAGCACCAUCGCUCUCUGCACGCCAGCUGCAGUCCCACCUCAAGAUGGAACCCAAGACUUUGGGGGCUAUCCAAAUAGUUAUUGGAGCUUUGAUCCUUUGCCUUAGUGCAUCGGUGCUCCAGCUCCAUGAAGUCCACUUUACUGGGGAUGUGGCCCUUUUUCUGAUUGUUGUCAUACAGGUGACAUUAUCUGGUUCUGUACUGGUCCACAGUGGCAGAAGACCAACUAUGUUUUGGGUGAAAUGUGUAUUGGUUCUGCAUCUGGUCAGUGCUGCCUUUGCUACUGCUGCCCUGGGUAUUAUGUCGAAACACCUUCCCUACCGACAGGACUCUUACCACUGUGAACACUGUCGGAGACUAGAACAGCAUGCUGUGCAACAUUGUUUCAGAAAGUGCACCGGGCUGAUCGAGCAAAAGUGUAAACUACUGAUUGAUGGGAUUUUGGGAACACUGGUGAUCUUCCUGGUGCUUGAGUUAUUGAUCUGCAUCACUGCCAUGCUGUUUGGACUAAGUGUUCUUGCUGCUGGAGGAACCCAGGAUUCCAGUUACAGGCCUCCUUAUCCACAGACCCGCCCCCCAUCUACUUUAGUAAUUCAGGCUGCUCAGGUUCCUCAAGCUGCAGCUGAGCCUCCUCAGGUGGCCGUAGUUGUGACGGAACAUGACUCAGAGCAAAUAGAGGACAUUUCCACUCCACCCACCGAACCUCAGGUGGAGCCAAUAGAAGGAACGGCUGCACAAUCCUGAACUCCUUUUUUUCACUCCUAUCUUUUACUAUUGUGCUCAAACAGAAAACGAUUGUCAGUAUUUAAAUCUUUUUUCCCUUGUAGGUCUGUAUGAUCAGGUCAACAGAUUGAUCGCUACAUUCCAAAAUCCCUCAAAGAUCAUUCUAGGUUUGAAAAUGGUUACAACAACCUUUGCAGGAAUGAAAUGCAAGUUUAUACCUUAAAUACUAGAAGGAACUUGAACAGUUUUAUGGAUUUAAUGUUAAACUGAGGAAUCAGACCCACAGUAACUGUAACCUUAAUUAGAGACAGUGAAGUGCAUAAAGUAAUAUAUAUAUAUUCACUGCAUAGCUAGGUUUAAGGUUAUAUUUUGUAUUCCAUGUCUGCCUCAUAUAUUUUUAAUAUAGUACUUUUCUCUUCAGUCUUCCAAAGUAUAUUUUACUGGGAAAUGUUGGAACUCUGGCACUACAGAUUCAAGCAUAUAUUAACAAACCCUUAUAGGAUCACUAAUCCACAAACUUAGAUUAGAAAACCAAACACUUUUUACCUAACAGUUGUUACUGAUGCAAACAUUUCCGAGCACUAUCCAUAUGUGUGGGGGCUCACAAUAAACCUGAGAGGGUCAUGUCUCCCCCCAAUCUUAGUGCUAUCUGCUUGCAUGCCUGUAGUUAUUAUUGGCAAAUGUUAGAAAUUAUGUAAAUUCUUUUGAAAUUCAAAGUAUGCAGCACAUUAUUUUUGUGGAAUGGUCAUAUGACUUGUAAUUUUUUAUAUGGCUACAGCUUUUUACACAGAUGAAUGUCAUAUGUUGGUUUCAUGUUUGGUUUGCAAGCUUGACAGUAUUAUCCAUGAAAAUCACAGGAUUAUCUUCAUAUGAAUGUGUAAACAGCGUAAUAACAGUAAAAAUAAAGUCAGUGCUACACAUUUGA